GUGUUGGGCGAGGAGUCGCAAAACUCUUUUCUCGCAUUUCCUGGCAAUUACAAACAAUUUUCGCAAUAAAAUGCUACUAAGAUUUACUCGUGGGAACGUUAGUCUCCUGACUCGAAGACUCUUUUGUGAUAAGAAGCCUGUGGUGGAACUUCCGAAGAAUGUCCUGGAGCCUUAUCAGACAGCGCAGAACCAGGCGGAGAAUGGGGUGAUCUACGACAAGAAGCCCUUCAAAAUUGAACUGGAACAGAGCAAGCUCUACUCCUGGUGUCUUUGCGGCAAGUCCAAGAGCCAGCCUUUUUGCGAUGGCACACACAAGAAUGUGUUUUUGAAGAUUCAGCUUCGUCCUGUGCGCUUCCAGGUGGAGAAGUCCGGAACUUACUGGCUCUGCAAUUGCAAGCAGACCAAGACUCGACCCUUCUGCGAUGGCACACACAAGCAGCCUCACAUCCAGGAGAUCAUCAGGUAG